AUGAAUGAUGCAAAUUAUUCUCAACAUUUAGAAGUCUCAAUUCAAAAUUUUGCAGAAAUUUUAGAAUCUGUUAAAGAGAAAUUUCUAAAUAUUCUGACUGGUGCUGCUGUAUAUGCUGACAUAGCUAGUAUUGCAAAUUGUUUUAGUAAAGGAAUGGGCAUAACGAGAGAAAUAAACAUCAUAUCUGAUUGCAAAGAAUUUCAAAACACUCCUUCACAUGAUACAAUUCAAAGUUUUAAAAAUGUCUUUGUUCUUCAUCAAAUUGCUGAGCACAUUGAUGCAUUGUAUGACUUCUGUCAUGAUUUUGAAUUGCAAAAAUGUAUGGCAGAUGAUCAUUUCAAAAAAUUGAGAGAAAUUGUACUAGCAAGAAAAUCUUGGCAACAAGAGAGCAUUCGAAACCUUUGUAGUGUUUUUAAUGAAAUUCAAGAGCUUCUCGGUAUUAAAAAAGUAAAAAAUUUUAAAGAGUUUGCUUUUUUGGAACUCUUUCGGCCACUUUAUACUCAAACAAAAGAGCUACGAGAUUUCAUGACUGAAAAUAAUUUUCGUGGAAAGGGAAAGGAUCGUUUCUUAAAACUAUUUGAUCUUGUAACUCAAGCAUGUCAACAUGAUGAAUACAAUGCAGAAGAUUUUCACAGCUUUGCUGUUUUACAUCAAUGUCACAAGUUUACUGUAAAACAUCUCAUUCAGGCCCUCUAUUCUAUUAACUGUCAAUUUCCUAAAUGUUAUGAGUUAUUAAGAUGCCACUCUGGAACAACACUAAAUGAUAUUCAACUAUUUUUUCAGAGAAUUGAGUUUUUUCCUCGGCAUUAUUACUUUCUGCAAGUGGAUCAACUUAAUUCAAAAUUACAGGAGUCAUUGGUACAAUAUUAUUUGGAACUCUAUGACAAAAUGCUAAAAUGUGACACUCAUGCACGAUCAACACUACACUUUAUAGAAACUUCAGCUUCUCUUCUUCAAAAUGCUCCAUUUAUCAGUACUGUUGUAAAAAAUGAGGAAAAUCUCCAAAAGGUUGACAUAUCUUUCUGGAGCCAACCACAAUUAGUUUAUGGUUUGCAGGGCAAUGGAAAAACUCAUUAUAUUAGGAGUCAACUUACUGCUAAUAAUGUUGUCUUUGCUGUUAAUGAGUUGUUUUCUGUAGAAAAAGUUAUUGAUAAAUUAAAACUGCUGUGUGAUGAGAAGGAUUGUUCUAUUUUUUUUAAUUUUACCCUGUUACCUCCAGGAAAAAAUGUAGCAGAGGAAGAAAGGAAAGAGUUCGAAGCAUUAAUGAAUAAAAUUGGAUGGUUUAUAUUUGAUUUUCUUGUAUUGGGCUAUAUACAAGAUCCACACACUGGAGCAUCAUUCUCUGUCCCAUUAACAGAAAAUUGGAAAAUUUUUGUAGAAGUUCCAUCAAUAUAUAAUGAUCCUGAAAGCAAUUUAGAAACUUUCAGAGAACUCCUUCCAACUUUUACUUUUGUUGGUACACUGCAUCAUAUUGAUUCUAGCUUACAUUAUGAAAUUGAUGAUGAUGUACAGCUUGUUUGCAAAUAUUUAAAAGCAUAUAAAUAUGAACAAGAAAAUCCUGGAACAAGGGAAGGAAUUAAUAAAUUAUUUAAUGAUCUCAUUCAAAUUCCAGUCAAGUUCAGCACUGAAGCUGAUUUUGAUGAUCCAAAGGAAUGCUUAUCAUUGUUGUACAAGUAUAUGCCAGAUUAUAUAGCAGAGCGUAAAAUAAGCCAAAAACUCUUUAUCAAGAGAGAAUGUGGCAUGCCAGUUAUUAUUGAGGGAGAAACUGGAGUUGGAAAAACUGCACUGUUAAGAAUGCUGUCAAAACUUUGGAAUUAUCGUUAUGAAACUGAGCUUAAAAGUUACGAGCAAAGACUCAAGAAAACACUAACUUAUGAUAAAAGACGAAGCAGGCUUAAUAUGUCACUACAACAGCAGUUAUCUCAAGUUAAAAACUUUUUUGAAAAUGAAGAAGUAUUAACUGCUGGAGGGAGUGCUGAAGCAGUUGAUUUAAAAAGAAUUGUUUCAGAAUUAAAGAAGAUAGGAUUAGAAUUAAAAAAAACCCCAUCCUUAUCAGUUCUUGUAGCUAGACAUGAUACAAAAGAGGAGUUUUGGAGAAUUGCCAAUAGUUCAGAUGAUGAUAUUGACACCAAAGAUUUAUUUAAGCUCUUGGAUGGAUUUGCUACUGCAGAAGUAUCAACAUUUCAUAAGUUAGAUGUUCACGCAGGACUCAAAACUCAUGACAUCACCAGUUUCUUUGAACAAGUCAAUGAACAAGCAAAACAAAUCUGUAUUUGCUUUGAAGAUAAAUCUCAAAUCCCUCAAGUUACAGCUUAUCUUGAUGAAAUCAAUACAUCUUCUUGUAUGGGACUUUUCAAAGAAAUUAUAAUUGAUAGGACCAUUGAUGGAGAGGCAAUGUUAGACAAUGUUUUUAUCAUAGCUGCUUGUAAUCCUUUACGUGGAGAUAGUACAAUUCAUUUACAAAAUGCAAAAAAUGUUUGGGUUAAGCCAAGUUAUUAUGUUCGUGAGCUUCAUCCUACAAUUGAUUAUCUGAAAUGGGACUAUGGAGCAUUGAAUAACGUUCAAGAAGAAAAAUACAUUGCUGCCAAAAUGAAUGAUUGUACAAAAGAUCAACCUGAGGCUUUUACUCCUGGUGAUUUAACUUAUUUCAUUGUUGAAAGCCAAAAUAAAAUGAGGUUAUAUGCUGAUAGAAUGUUGAAAAAUAAAGGUAUUCAUAAAAUGGAAGCCGAGAAGUGUUCUAGAAGUUGUGUAAGUCAAAGAGAUAUUCAACGAGUAUUUGAUUUCUACAAGUGGUUAUUUGAUACAUACAAAGCCUUCCAACGCUAUACAACUACUAAAGAACAACAAAUACGAGCAUUACUAGUAUCACUGGGCUUAGUAUACUAUUUGAGACUACAAGAAUUGGACAGAGAAAGUUAUGCUAUAUUUCUGGACACUCAAUGUAAAGACCUGCUAGUUGGAUGUAACUUUACUACAGCUUUCAAUGAUGAAUUAGAAUGGUAUAUAGAGAGAAUGAAUCUACCUCCUGGAAUAGCCAAGACGAGAGCUUUGAAAGAGAAUAUAUUUGCUAACAUAGCUUGUUGUCAAACACAUACCCCUCUCAUUAUCAUUGGAGAGCCAGGAACAUCAAAAACACUAUCAUUUAAUUUAGUUAGUAGCACCUUCAAAGGAAAAUCCUCUAAGAAUGAAGAAUUGAAGAAUGCAAAUGCUUUCCAUGCCUUACAGCCAUUUUUUUAUCAAUGUUCGAAACACACUAAUUCAGUUGAGGUUGAAAAUAUUUUUAAGCAGGCAAUUCAGCGUCAAAGGGUCUUUGCCAGUUCUAAUGUUCCCACCUAUUGUGUCGUUUUUAUGGAUGAAGCUGGUCUACCUGAAGAACGUCAUGAGUCACUUAAAGUUUUACAUUAUCAUUUAGACAAAAGAGAAAUGGAGGUUUCAUAUUGUCAAAUGAAACAUAGAAAUGUACUUGAAAUGGUCAAUGAAAGUCUUCAUGAUCUGCCUCGUAUUAUAGAAAGUGAAAAGCUGGAGGAAAACGAACUGGAUAUAGAUCCAGAUCUAGCUAAUUACACUGAAAACAAUGUUCGUUACAAGCUCAUUAUAGAUAGCAGUGAAGAUGAUUCUGCUGUAAGAUAUUUGUUCUCUUGCAAUAUACUGGACAGACAAAAAACACAAAUGGUUGCCUGCAGCGAGUUUUUCGAAGAAAGUGGCAUGCAUGUUAACACAAUAGCGGAAAUCAUUCACUCGGCUGAGAAUGGUGAUACUAUUAUUAUGUUUCAAACUGAUCGGAUACAUGAGAGUUUCUAUGAACUAUUUAAUCAACGUUUUCGUAUCAUACAUGAUCCACAAAAAGGAAUUAAGUUAUUCACUAAUAUUUCAAUCGGGGCUCACACUAAACCUUGCCGUGUUCAAGCACAAUUUCAAUGCAUUGUCGUGGUUAAAAAGUCAGAGCUCAAGAAUACUCCACAAGCAUUUUUGAGUCGAUUUGAAAAGUUCUUUUUUUCCUACAAUACACUUUGCAGUAGCAUAAGUGAAACCAAGCCUCCAAAUUUGAAAAUUAUAAUUAAUGCUGUGUUCAAGAAAAUUGCAACUUUUGUUGAUCAACUCAAUGCCUCUAAAAGUUUUUAUGGUUACUGUGCACCUGGUCUUCAGGACAGGAAAAGCAGUGAUGGGAACUCCACAACUGAAAAAUAUGAAAAUGCAAUCACAACUCAUGAAACUCUAUAUUCACUUCUUCUUUCUAUGUUACCUUCUGUACAACAUAUAUAUGAAAUUGGUUGCUACAUUCCGACAGAUCACUUUGAUGAUGACAUUACUGAAGAAAAUAUUGAUAAAAAGUGCUUAUUAAUUUUGACUACUGCCAUAGAAGCUAUGAAACAGUAUUGUGAUUGGAUAAUUCCAAAG